AUGGCGACAUCCUGCACAACAAACCUCGCGCUCUCGCCAGACCCGUGCAACGCGCGGUACAUCAUCCUGAAACCAGCGGGAGAACCUGGUAAAGGGGACGAAUUUGAAGUACUCAAAGGCCGCGGCGCCGACCCAGAAGCCGCCGCGGUCGUACCGGAAGAGGUAUUCCGCCAGGGGGAUGUACUCCUCGGACUGCUGUUGGUUCUGGGCGUGGAGGUAAAACCACUGGUCCCACGCGCGGGAAAACGUCCGUGGUUCUGCCGCCCGGGGCUUGACAUCGUCGUUGUCGUCGUUCCUGACCUCCCGCCUGAUCACCUCGACCGUCUCGGCCACGCUCCUGGCACGGUGGUAUCUCGUCUUGACAAACUUUUUCGCGUCCAUCAGCCGAAUCUCCAGACACGUCGUGACCCCCAGCGUGCCCACCGCACCGGCCGCUCCGCGGAACAAGUCCCCUUUUUCUUCGUCGUCAGGUCCGAACCGUACGAUCUUCCCGUCUCCGAGAACCAUCUCCACUUGUCUGACCGUGUCGUCGAAGAAGCCGUGCUUGAAGCUGGAGGAUUCCCCUGCUGUGCCCGCGAAUCCGCCGCCGGCGGUGAUGCCUGGGAACUCCAUCACUACCGGGGGGAUCAGGCCGUGGGGGAGGGUAGCUUCGACCAGCUUGUCCAUUGGGACGUUUGGUUCCACGAGGGCGGUUUUGGUUGCUUUGUUGACGGAUAAGACGUUGUUCAGGCUGGAGAUAUCGACUGUUGCUGUGCCGGAGGAAGGGCGUGGGCGGGUGGAGUUUGUUGAGCCGUGGUUGAUGCGGUAGGGGGUGCGGGUUUGGUAGAGGGUGGUGAGGGUUUUGGAGAGGGAUUGGAGGGUUUUGAGGUGCUUGUCCAUUUUGGGCCGAGUUGGGGGCCACACGGGAGGUGGGAAGGGGGGAUGGGGAGUGGUGGGUGAAGGUGAAGGUGAAGGGUGAGAGAUGGGAAAGGUGAGAGUGAGAUGCAAAAGAGUGGUGCCAAGAAAUGAUACCAUGUGGGUCCCGGCUCAUGGUGGGAUUUUGGGAUUCUUUCUGGGGAAGGGCCCCUGUCGAGCGGUUGAGAAGAAUGUAAGUGAGGGAAGAGAGAGAGAGAGAGAGAGAGAGAGAGAGAGAGAGAGAGAGAGAGAGAGAGAGAGAGAGAGAGAGAGAGAGUUAGCCGGCAGAG